AUGAAGCGGACAGCUGCUCUUACUGCUCCUGUUCCCCAGGCUGGUGCAAAAGCCAACCCCAUGGGUGUCGGUGCAGAUGUGACUGUCAGUGGCGACCAACUAAGCACAUGUCUUUCUUAUGGUGCGGAGGUUCUUAGUUUUACCAAAGAACAAUUGGACAUGCAAGCGGAAAGAGCAGCACGAAAAGGCAAUGGGAUUCUUCAGAUUCAGGAGCGUCGUCUUGAGAUCAGCCCAAUUUUCAGAACGCUUAUGAAGAUUGAUAGAGAGUUUGAGCAACUCGGGGCAUCUCUAGUUACUAGCGAUGCAUCUCUCAAAGCUCAGCAGCAAGAGAUAGGAAAUGCCGCAGCGGAAGAAGAAUGGAUGCGUACCAAGUGCACGAGCGAGCAGUUUUAUGCGCUGAUGGAAAGCACCAUCAGCACGAUGUUCCGGUAG